GUGGAAUUUACGAUUUCCGAGGCGGGUGAAGUGUGCAUAACACCUGUGUGCAAUAGUGUGGGCGCUGUAGUGGGGGAAGCCAGCAAGCAGAUCGUGACAGUCAGUCAGCAGCGCGGCUGUAAACAUGGCGGCGUGCACAGCUACAGGGCUGUGCCCAAAACCCCGUCGCUCCUAGGCUGCUAACACGGAGACACCCCGAACAUGGAGACCGAAGAGGAGCAGCACAUCACCACGCUCCUCUGCAUGGGCUUCCCGGACCCCGACGUGAUACGGAAGGCGCUCCGCUUGGCGAAGAACGACAUCAACGAGGCGGUCGCGCUCCUGACCAACGAAAGCCCGGGGCUCGGCUACGGAUAUGAGCCCAUGGAGAGCGGCCCUGCCCCCGCCUUGAGUACGAGCGGCGACGGGGAGACGAGCGGGAGGACCGGCACGGGGGGCUUCGACCCUCCGCCCGCGUACCACGACGUGGUUGAAGGGGAGAGGAGCAACGAUGAGAACGGGAACUGCUCCAGCGGUAGCAUGGAGUUCCCCACCACCAACCUGUACGAGCUGGAGAGCCGAGUGUUCACCGACCAUUGGUCAAUUCCAUACAAGAGGGAGGAAUCACUGGGUAAAUGCCUCAUCGCCUCUACUUGCCUCGCCCGGCACGGCCUCGCCGACGCCGACGAGAACUGCAAGAGGUUCGUGGAGCGCUGCAUGCCGGAGGCCUUUAAAAAGUUGCUGACCAGCAGCGCCGUACACAAGUGGGGCACUGAGAUCCAUGAGGGAAUCUACAACAUGCUCAUGUUGCUGGUGGAGCUGGUGGCAGAGCGGGUCAAGCAGGACCCGGUUCCCGUCAACCUAAUGGGUGUCUUGGCGAUGGCCUUAAACCCGGACAAUGAGUACCAUUUUAAGAACCGGUUGAAGGCCUGUCAGAGGAACUGGGCCGAAGUGUUUGGAGACGAGGCCAACAUGUUUGCUGUUUCUCCAAGCAACACUUAUCAGAAAGAGCCUCACGGUUGGCUGGUGGAUUUAGUCAAUCAAUUUGGAGAGUUGGGAGGAUUCACCGCGAUCCAGACGAAGCUCAACGCGGAGGAGAUCGAAAUAGCUUAUGUGUCCGCUCUGGUCCAGCCUCUGGGCGUUUGUGCCGAAUACCUCAACUCCAGUCUUGUCCAGCCUAUGCUUGAUCCAGUCAUCCAUAAGAUGAUCACAUAUGUACAGAACCUGGAGGAAAAGGACCUCAAAGACAAGCGGCUGGUGAGCAUCCCUGACCUGUUGUCGGCCAUCAAGCUGCUGUGUAUGAAGUUCCAGAGGGACAUGGUCACGGUGGUGGAUGACCUGCGGCUCGACACGCUGCUGCGCAUGCUCAAAACCCCCCAUUUCUCCACCAAAAUGAACUCCCUCAAAGAGGUGACAAAGUUAAUAGAAGAGAGCACGGUGGCAAAGACUGUGAAGAAUGCCAUCGAUACGGAUAAGCUACUAGACUGGCUUGUGGAGAACUCCGUCCUGUCAAUAGCUUUGGAGGGCAAUAUUGACCAAGCGCAGUACUGUGAGAGAAUAAAGGGAAUCAUUGAACUGCUGGGAAGUAAACUCUCGCUGGAUGAACUCUCCAAGAUCUGGAGGAUACAGGCCGGCCAGUCGUCAACUGUGAUCGAAAACAUUCACACAAUCAUCGCCGCCGCCGCGGUCAAGUUCAGCUUCGAUCAGCUCACCCACCUUUUUGUGCUCAUACAGAAGAGCUGGGAGGUCGAGAGCGAUCGCGUCAGGCAGAAGCUGCUCAGUCUGAUCGGGAGGAUCGGCAGGGAGGCACGCUCUGAAAGCACCACUGGCAAGGUGCUGGAGGUGUUGUGGGAGCUGGCGCACCUCCCCACGCUGCCUACCAGUCUGGUACAGCAGGCGCUAGAGGAGCACCUGGGGAUCUUGAGCGACGCCUACGCUGUCAAGGAGACCGUCAAGCGCAACUACAUCAUCAAAUGCAUCGAGGACAUCAAGAAGACUCAAGAGGACCAAAAAGGCAGUGACACUCAAAGUUCUUUUCUCACUGGCUCUUGGGGAAAGAGGAAAUCUGUGUCAGUGAAAGCUUCCCAGCCGAGCAGCCCUCAGGCGGUUUGGGUGGUACCCGCUCUCCGUCAGUUGCACGAGAUCACCCGCUCCUUCAUCAAGCAGACCUACCAGAAACAAGACAAGAGCAUCAUCCAGGACCUGAAGAAGAACUUCGAGAUUGUCAAGCUGAUCACGGGUUCCCUCGUUUGCUGCCAUCGACUUGCGGUGACCGCAGCAGGAAACGGUUGCCUGUCAGGCUCCACCAUGGUGGACGGAAGAUACACAUACCAGGAGUAUCUGGAUGGCCACCUGCGCUUCCUGGCCUUCUUCCUCCAGGAGGCCAGCCUCUACCUGGUCUGGAACAGGGCCAAAGAGAUCUGGGAGUGCCUGGUGUCCGGCCCAGAUGUUUGUGAACUGGACCGUGAGAUGUGUUUCGAGUGGUUCACCAAAGGCCAGCAUGAUCUUGAGAGCGAUGUUCAGCAGCAGCUCUUCAAGGAGAAGAUACUGAAACUGGAGCCUUAUGAGAUCACCAUGAACGGUUUCAAUCUGUUUAAGACCUUCUUUGAGAACGUCAAUCUGUGUGAUCAUCGACUAAAACGCCAAGGAACUCAGCUGUGUGUUGAACGCCUCGACCUGUCAGGGAUGGACUUUAUCUGGCGUAUCGCCAUGGAAACCCCUGAUGAAGAGAUAGCCAAUGAAGCAAUCCAUCUUAUUAUCACCUACAGCUACACUAAUCUCAACCCCAAGAUGAAGAAGGAUUCAGUAUCUUUGCACAAGAAAUUUAUUGCCGAUUGUUACAAGAGACUAGAGGCAGCCAGUUCUGCCUUGGGUGGGCCUACUUUGACGCACGCUGUUACUCGAGCCACAAAGAUGUUGACGGCCACUGCCAUGCCCACGGUGGCCACGUCUGUACAAUCACCUUCCAGAUCCACUAAGCUGGUCAUAAUAGAAAGACUGCUGCUGUUGGCUGAACGCUAUGUAAUCACUAUAGAGGAUAUGUACUCUGUUCCACGCACUAUUCUACCUCAUGGGGCUUCGUUCAAUGGACACCCUGUCACGCUUCACAUCACCUACGAGUCAACCAAAGACACGUUCACCUUUGAGACCCACAGUAAUGAAACGAUAGGAAGCAUCCGGUGGAAGAUAUCCGAGCACUUGAGCUGCCCGGUGGAUAAUGUCCAGAUCUUUGCCAAUGAUAGUGUGUUGACCAUGAAUCGGGACCAGAAACUGCUGUCCCAGCUCGGCUUUAGCGACGAGCAGAGCCUGACUGUGAAGAGCUCGGGCACCGGCACGCCUUCGGGCAGCUCCGAAUCGUCGGCCUCCGCCUCCAGCAGCUCCAGCUCGGCUGUCUUCAACUCCGCCUAUGCCCUGGAGCAGGAGAAGUCCCUGCCCGGUGUUGUGAUGGCGCUGGUGUGCAACGUGUUUGAGAUGCUUUACCAGCUUGCUAACUUGGAUGAAACCAGGAUCACACUGCGUGUGAGAAAGCUGCUCCUCCUGAUCCCAACGGAUCCCGAGGUGCAGGACGCUCUCGACAACUUUGUCCCUAAAGAAUCCAGCGUGUGGAGCCAUCAGAAAACACUAUUCACCCUCGGCCAGGGAACGGGCUCUCGCUCACCAUCCAUGGCCUCCAAGCAGCAGCACCAGCCCCAGCCCAGCGCCGCGUCCAUCCUGGAGUCCUUAUUCAGGUCUUCGGCCCCGGGCAUGUCCACCUUUCGAGUGCUGUACAAUCUGGAGGUGCUAAGUUCAAAACUCAUGCCCACUUCUGAUGACGAGAUGGCGAAAACCAGCAGCAAGUCCUUCUGUGACAACUUCCUCAAAGCAGGAGGCCUCAGUCUGGUGGUGAAUGUUAUGCAAAGAGACUCCAUCCCGUCAGAAGUGGACUAUGAGACCCGACAAGGCGUCUACUCCAUCUGCCUUCAGUUGGCCAGGUUCCUUCUGGUUGGCCAGAGCAUGCCCAUGGCGCUGGAUGAUGAUGUAAUCCGGGACGGAGAGGCACUGUCGUCCCGCCCGUUCCGCAACAGACCCGGCACUGGACGCCAACUCUCUCUCUGUGCGACGCCGGAGAAGUCCUCCUACAGGCAGAUGUCGCUGUCUGAGCGCUCAUCCAUCAGAGUGGAGGAGAUCAUACCCGCUGCCCGUGUGGCUAUUCAGACCAUGGAGGUGGGCGACUUCACCUCCACCGUGGCCUGUUUCAUGCGACUGACCUGGGCAGCGGCGGCAGGGAGACUGGAUCUUGUAGGCAGCCCGCAGCCCAUCAGGGAGACCCACGGCUCAUUUCUAUCUCAGGGAGUACGCACCAGAGUCAGUAGCACAGGAAGUAAUUGCAGCUCCAGCAGCGAGGGAGAGACGACGCCAACCGCACUGCACGCCGGCAUCUGCGUCCGGCAGCAAAGCGUCUCCAUAAAAGACACCAUCAUCGCCCGCGAGGCUCUGUCGCUCCUGGUCACCUGCUUGCAGCUACGCUGUCAGCAGCUGUCCUCUUUUUACAACCUGCCCUGUGUCAACGACUUCAUUAUUGAUGUGCUGCUGGGAUCUCCCAGUGGAGAGAUCCGCCGUGUGGCCUGUGACCAGCUGUACACUCUGAGCCAGUCGGACACGUCGGGCUUCGCCGACGUGCAGAAACCCAACUUGUUCCUGCUGUCGGUCAUCCUCACCGCUCAGCUGCCACUGUGGAGCCCCACGUCGGUUAUGAGGGGAGUCAACCAGAGAUUGCUGUCCCAGUGCACGGAGUACUUUGACCUGCGAUGCCAGCUACUGGAUGAUCUGACAACUUCGGAAAUGGAGGCAUCACAAGUGAUCACCGCUACCAUGCUGGAGGAUGAAAUCUCUUGGCUGGACAAUUUCGAGCCCAGCUGGAGCUCGGAGAUGGAGACCAGUGAGGCAGACAACAUCCUCCUGGCAGGACACCUGCGACUCAUCAAGACCUUGCUCUCCCUUUGCGGCAAGGAGAAGGAACACCUCGGGUCGUCGCUGAUCCAACAGCUGUUGGAUGACUUCCUGUUCCGAGCGUCACGCAUCAUCAUCAACACCUCCAACUCCACCGCCUCCCCGGCCCCCAGCCACGAUUUCCACCCCAAGUGCAGCACAGCCAGCAGCCGUCUGGCAGCGUACGAGGUUCUGGUGAUGCUGGCCGACAGCUCCCUCUCCAACUUGCGGCUGAUCACCAGAGAAUUGCUCUCCAUGCACCACCAGUCCGACCCGUCGCUCUGUAAAGAGUUUGAUUAUCUGCCCCCUGUAGAGAGCCGCUCAGUUUCGGGUUUUGUGGGCCUGAAGAAUGGUGGAGCCACGUGUUAUAUGAACGCUGUUUUCCAGCAGCUUUACAUGCAGCCAGGCCUACCAGAGGCGUUCCUGUCCAUCGAGGAUGACACAGAACAACCCGAUGAGAGCGUCUUCUACCAGGUUCAAUCUUUGUUUGGUCACCUGAUGGAGAGCAAACUGCAGUACUACGUCCCAGAGAACUUCUGGAAGAUCUUCAAGAUGUGGAACAAAGAGUUGUACGUACGAGAGCAACAGGACGCAUAUGAAUUCUUUACCAGCCUGGUGGACCAGCUUGAUGAACAUCUCAAGAAAAUGGGUCGAGAGCAGAUCUUCAAAAACACAUUUCAGGGCAUUUUUUCCGACCAGAAGAUCUGCAAAGACUGUCCUCAUCGGUACGAACGUGAAGAGACGUUCAUGGCACUGAACCUUGGUGUGACGUCCUGUCAGAGUCUGGAGAUCUCCCUGGACCAGUUUGUCCGAGGGGAGGUUCUGGAGGGCAGCAAUGCUUACUACUGUGAGAAAUGCAAAGAAAAGAGGACCACGGUGAAGAGGACAUGCAUCAAAUCCCUCCCCAGCGUUCUCUGCAUCCAUCUCAUGCGCUUCGGCUUCGACUGGGAAAGCGGACGCUCUAUCAAAUAUGACGAACAGAUUCGGUUCCCCUGGGUUCUAAACAUGGAGCCGUACACGGUAUCCGGCAUGGCGCGUCAGGACUGCAGCGGGGAGGGGGGUGAGGGGCGAGGCGACGGCACAUCCGGAGGCUCACCCAGGAAGAAGGUCACCAUUUCGGAGAACUACGAGCUGGUGGGCGUGGUGGUCCACAGCGGGCAGGCGCACGCUGGUCACUACUACUCCUUUAUUAAAGAUAGACGCGGGAGCUCACGCGGACGUUGGUACAAGUUUAAUGACAACGUGGUGGAGGAGUUCGACAUGAAUGACGAAUCUCUGGAGUACGAAUGCUUCGGAGGAGAGUACAGGCCCAAAGUUUACGAUCAGUCCAAUCCCUAUCCCGACGUGAGGAGGCGAUACUGGAACGCCUACAUGUUGUUUUAUCAGAAGAUCAGCGAGCAAAACUCACCCGUCCUGCCCAAAAAAAGCAGAGUCAGCAUCAUGAGGCAGGAAGCAGAGGAUCUUACACUAUCCGCACCCUCCUCGCCUGACAUCUCGCCUCAGUCGUCCCCUCGCCCCCCCAGGGCCAACAACGACCGCCUCACCCUGCUCACUCGUCUGGUCCGGAAGGGCGAGAAGAAGGGCCUGUUUGUGGAGAAGAUGCCCGCCAGCAUCUACCAGAUGGUGAGGGACGAGAAUCUCAAGUUCAUGAGGAACAGAGACGUCUACAACAGCGACUACUUCAACUUCACCCUCUCGUUGGCCUCCGUCAAUGCAACCAAGCUGAAGCAUCCAGACUACCAGGCCAUGGCCAAAGAGAGUCUCCAGCUGGCCGUCCAUUUCCUCCUCCACACGUACCUGCACACCAAAAAGAAGCUCCGCGUGGACACCGAGGAGUGGAUGGCCACGGUGGAGGUGUUGCUGUCAAAAAGCAGCGCCGCUUGCCAGUGGAUGGUUCAGUACCUGGUUGGACCGGAGGGACGGGAGAUGACCAGGAUUUGUCUGUUGGAGUGCGGCAUGAGGGAAGUGCGGGUGGUGGUGGCGUCCAUCUUGGAGAAGACGCUGGAGAGCGCGCUGAAUUUUGCCGACCCGGGUCUGGACGGCCUGACCGACGCCCUGCUCUCGCUGCUGGACAAGGAUGUUCCCGAGAACGUGAAGAACUGCGCACAGUACUUCAGCCUCUUCAGUAACUUCUCUCAAAAGGGUUGUGAAGCUUGUCAACUAUUGUUGAAACACUCGGCCUAUCGCCGGAUGCUCCUUUUCCUUCUGGGACCCAAUCGCCAAAACAACCAGAACCGGCGGUGGAGUCCGGCCCAGGCUCGAGAGUUUCUCCACCUCCACAGCACGCUGGCGCUCAUCACUCUGCACUCGGACCUCGACUCCCAGCGGACGCACGCUCCGGAAGGGUUCAGCCUGUGUGUCGGAAGCAUCCCGUCCUCAACGCCACUCCUGCCCCUACACUCGGACAUCCUGGCGUCCGUCUUCACUCCUGAAGGACAACCCUACCUUCUAGAGGUGAUGUUCGCCAUGCGAGAGUUGUCGGGCCCGUUGACGCCGCUCAUCAGCAUGGUGACCUACUGCUCCUACUGCAACGAGCCUUUCUCCCUGGGCGUGCUGCAGCUCCUCAAGACGCAGCUGGAGACGGCGCCGCCUCACGAGUUGAAGAACAUCUUUCACAUGCUGCAGGAGCUCCUAGUCGUGGAGGACCCUCUGCAGUCCCAGAGGCUCAAGUAUGCCUUUGAGUCCGAGAAAGGCCUGCUGGCUUUGAUGCACCAGAGCAACAACGUGGACAGCAGACGUUGCUACCAGUGUGUCAAGUUCUUGGUCACGUUGGCCCAGAAGUGUGCUCCAGCCAAGGAUUAUUUUAAGGACCUGUCUGGUCACUGGAGCUGGGCGGUGCAGUGGCUUCAGAAGAAGAUGACGGAACAUUACUGGACGCCGCAGAGUAACGUAUCCAACGAGACGUCCACCAAUAAGAGCUUCCAGCGUACUAUUUCGGCGCAGGACACGCUGGCAUACGCCACGGCCUUGUUGAACGAGAAGGAGCAGUCGGGCAGCAGCAACGGCUCCGACGGAAGCCCCGCCAACGAGAACGCCGAACGCAGCCUGAGACAGGGAUCGGAGUCUCCCAUGAUGCUCGGCGAUUCCAAGAGCGACCUGGAGGACGUGGACCCUUAGCUCUUUUUUUCCGGAAAGCGCACGGGCCCAGCGCCACGCAGCCCCAACCCCAGUUAGGGCGCUUCGAUUGGCCCGGGGACGUUUUGGGGGGAAAAAAACAACAAACAAGCCAAUCGGAACAACUUGACGCAGAAGAGAGGAAAAACAUACAAAUGACAAAAAAAAAAAAAAAAAAAAAACCAGAAUAUCAUUCAUCACUUCCACGGAACCGAAUAAGGGCAAGUUUGGAUUAAAAGGGGAAGCGACCAAUCUUCCUCCAUCGGCGAUCAUCUUUUUACAGCGGGGGGGAGGGAGGGGUGGGGCAUUUUACCCUUUGUUUGUUGUUUUCCUCACAAACACACACACACACACACACAGUCGCCAUCAACCAUUUGUUGCAUAGAUGUAAGAUAAUGUUUUAAAAGUCCUCUAGAGGAACCUCCAAGUGAACGCUCAUCUCCACACACAAACACACACACAAGCACUUGCUUGGUAGGAGUGGAGGGGCAGUGGAGGGGGCGUGUGUGGGGGGGGGGCUCUAAGUAUGCACUUUAUUUGCCACGUUCACCGCGCACUUCCUCUAGAGCCGCCUCGCCUUUUUUUGUUUCGUUUUUCUUCGUUGCCCAUUUUGACACUACUACUUACCACUCUGUUCUGAGCAUCACUUCAAACACAACACGCUUUUUUUUUGUUUUUUUUUUUGUUUUGUUUUUUUUAAACUCGUUCUUUUUUUUUUUAUUUUUUUUUUUUUUAUGCUCUCCGCCACCUUCUUGGACUCGGGUGCGAGCCUUAUGCAAGGAAUGCUCAACGGAACGGGGCGGGGUUUAUUUGUAGAUGCCAAUGUCUCACACACACACACACUUAUGCUUGUAAACAACACAUGCUAGUGUUACCUCUGCCAUGUUUUUAUUUGCCUGUUUGCCUCAUUUGUCUUUUGUGCCGUCAAAAACACAGACGCAGGAAUACAAAUGCAUAUAUUCCACAAUAACACACACACACACGCUGCUAGAACACAUACACACUUGCAUUGCUCAUAAACAAUGUUACCUCUGC